AUGGGGCUGGACGACGACGACGCAGGCGGCAAGAGCUCCGGCUGCGGCCUUGGCCACCUCUUCCGUCGUCGGGGCAGCAACUCUCUCCGCUCCUCUUCCGCCCCGGCCAUCACCACCGUCGACGCCGUGCCCCCAAAGCCCAAGGCAGCCGCCGGCUCUCAUCCUCUCUGUAACAACCACCGGCAGCAGCAGAGCAAUCAUCUCCACCAUCAACAUCGCCAGCACCGGCAGAGCAAUCACCCCAGCAACAACAAUGGCGGUGCAUCAUCUCCGGCGCUGGUGCGCGCGUCGUCGGGGAACGUCAUGCUCUACGGCAGCCUGGGCAACCUCCGGGCGCCGGGAGCCGCCACACCCAAUCGCAAUGACGUGCUUGACUUCCUGCCCAUGACCGCGGACGAGAUCAAGCUGCAAACCACCUCCAAAAACAAGGACAGUCCGAAGGCGAGGCCCAAACCGAAGCCGAAGCAGAGAGAGGCGGUGCUGUGCCGCGCGCUGUCGGUGCGCGAGGACCCGGAGGAGCUCAAGAAGAAGGGCAACGACGAGUACAUGGCCGGCAACUACGUGGACGCCGUGGACUACUACGAGAGGGCCAUCGCCGUCGACCCCAGCAAGCCGGCGUACUGGAGCAACAAGGCGGCGGCGCUGAUGGCGCAGGGCCGCAUCCUGGACGCCAUCGCCGACUGCCGGGAGGCACUCAGGGUGGACCCCUCCUUCGGCCGCGCGCACCACCGGCUCGGCACCCUCUACCUCCGGACGGGCCACGGCGACCGCGCCGCGAAGCAGUACAGGCUGGCGGCACACGACGCGAGCCCGGAGGACAUGUCGCGGGCGCACGCCGUGCAGGCGCUCGUCGCCAAGUGCGACGAGUCGCGGCGGCGCGGCAGCUGGAAGAGCCUCCUCAGGGACGUCCAGGCCGCCGUUUCUGCCGGCGCAGACGCGUCUCCCAAGCUGGUUUGCUAUCAGGCCGAGGCCUUCCUGUCCCUGCAAAGGCCAGAGGAAGCGGACGCCGUCCUCGGCAAGAACGGCGUGUGCAUGGAGGAGGAGACGGACCGUCACGUGGAGAUAUUCGGCGCCGGCAGCUGUGGCUACCUGCUGUCCACGCGCGCUCUCGUUGACACGGCCAUGGGAAGGCUGGAGGCGGCGAUGGCGGCAUCCGACGAGGCGGUGCGGGUGAGCCCGGGAAGCAGGGAGGCCGCCGGCGCGGCGCGGCAGGCGCAGGCGGUGGCAUCGGCGCGGAGCAGGGGUAACGCGCUGUUCAAGGCCGGCAAGCUCCGCGAGGCGUGCGCGGCGUACGAGGAAGGGCUGCGCGAGCACCCCGGGAACGCGACGCUGCUGUGCAACCGUGCGGCGUGCCGGUGUAAGCUCGGGGAGUGGGCGGCCGCGCUCCGCGACUGUGACGCCGCUCUCGGCGCGCGCCCCUCCUACGGCAAGGCUCGCCUGCGCAGGGCGGCGUGCAACGAUCGCCUGGGAUGGUGGGAGGCGUCGGUGCAGGACUACGAGGCGCUGCUGCGGGAGACGCCCGGCGACGAAGAUGUCGCUGCAGCGCUCGCCCACGCGCGAACACAGCUCGGCGGCGUAACACAGCGACGUGCGGCCGCCUGA